AUGGCGCCUUCCUCCUCAGAUCCCACAGAGCCGUCGACUGCCUCACCUUCAUUGGCUCUCACCCUUCCCCAUCUCCCAUCACCCCUUAGCAACGUGGAUGAAAUCCACCACGACGUCAUUUUAAUUCUCCCAAAUCCGAUCGCCUACUCGUGUGCCCUCAAAAUCAACGUAUUGGCAGAUUUUGAGAAAUGCUACUCGGAGCGUGCACUCGCAACGAUCGAGUUGCUAUGCAGAGUCCUUGAGGGUUACGUGGCGUUUGCGGCACACGAGCUAACUGUGCUGCUACUGGUGAAGAUGAUUAUGAAGAUCUCGGACCGAGUGACGGAGUACGCGGCGGGAGAGUUGAUGUCGAUGUGCUUGGCGUAG